UUAACCGUUUCAAGUCCGGACACUUUCACCCCCUUCCUGUCCAGGCUAAUUUUCAACUUUCAGUGCUAUCACACUUUGAAUGACAAUUGCGCGGUCAUGCAACACUGUACCCAUAUGAAUUUUUUAGCAUUUUUUUUUAGACAGAUAAAACUUUAUUUUGGUAUUUUGAAAAAAGUGUUUUUCUUAUAAAAUUUUGCAAAUAAAUAAUCUUUCAUAAAUCUUGGCCAAAAUGUAUUCAGCUAACUUUUAAGUAAAAAAACCAAAAAUGAACCCAAAUUAGUUUAUAACCGUAAUUUUUUUUUACA